GAAGAAAUACCCCAGAAGAAAAUUUUACAAGAUGGCGGAAAGCGAAGACAGCAACAACAUGGGCCAAUCCUCAAAUGCAGAUGGAAACCCUCUUAGCUUAACAGAUUUACUAGACGGCGGCUGGAAAAUAUUCGAAGAGGUGGACAGCACAAACAAACCCCUGGGCUCGACCGCUGUCCAGGCCCGGGUCGAAGAAGGAGUCCGCAUGUUGCAGGAAGCCUCCAGGAUGGUGGCUCAGCUCGACCUGUUCAGUCGCAAUGAGGAGCUGGAGGAGAUCGCCACGACAGACCUGAAAUAUCUGCUCCUGCCCGCCCUGCUAGGGGCUCUCAACAUGAAACGCACCAGGCAGGACGCACGGCUGGAGAUAGUGGUCGCAUCCCGGGCUUAUUUUCUGGAUUUCCUGAGGAGGUGUAAAGAGUAUAACGUAGCGCGGUUUGAGCUGCCGGACACAAACACAAGCAACGACGAAGCGUCGGAGGAUGGAGAAUCUAAAGCAAUGUCGGCCCCCUCCGCCCCGGACCUGGUCGCCAUGGCGACCCAGCGACAGGCCAAGAUCGAGCGGUACCGUCGCAAGAAGGAGCUGGAGGCCAAACUGUCGGACGUCCGGAAAGCCGUGGACAGCGGACAGGCCGACGACGAAGUCAUCAGAGAGUUCUACCUCCUGAGCGUCCGGAGGUGGAUCGCCGUGUGUCUGGAGGAGAUGGAGAGCAUCGACCAGGAGAUAGAGAUUCUCCAAAAGAUGGACGUUCUGAAGCACAGCGCUGCCAAGCAGCCGGCUCAGCCAGCCAGGCCUCCCAUGAAACCGUUUGUCCUCACCAAGGACGCUGUGCAGGCGCGGGUGUUUGGGGCUGGUUACCCCAGCCUUGCCACCAUGACAGUAGACGACUGGUACGACCAACACAGGAAACACGGAGCCCUGCCCGACCAGGGUAUACCCAAGAGGAUCCCCGUGGAUGAGGACACUGACGCCAAGGAGAGGGAGGAGGAAGAAAAGGAGAAAAAGGUGGAAAACGACGACGAAGAGGCUCUGGUGAAAGCCAGAACUUGGGACGACUGGAAAGACACUCACCCUCGAGGCUACGGGAACCGACACAACAUGGGCUAAAAGGAUCCCGGUCCAGGAUGUGGACGUUCUCCUGCCGCGUUAUUCUAUUAUCCACUCACCAAACCAAACUAAAAGACGGUGCCAUGACAUUCUUCAGUAAACCCAUUCAUUCGAUUUAUCCCUAAACACUGCAGCUGUCUAACGUAUCACAUUCACUCUCGUCGUUCACGAGGUUGGAUUGAACAAUCCUCUGGGAGGUUUUCGAGUCUUACACGAAUGUACAACUUAGGAGUGAACGUUACUACUUGGUUGUGUUUCCCCUUAAUGCUGUCACUGGAAAAUAAAGAGACUGUUCAAGCCAGA